UUCGAAGCCUUCUGAAGUGAAAGCCAUGUUUAGAAUGGCGCAGUCGGUGGCCUCAGCGGAGAUGGAAGUAGAGACUGGAGAUGUUUCUAUGGAACCUGAAACUAUGAACUUGCCUUUGAAUCCGAACGAUAGUCCAGAGUGGGUUUUGCUAGAUUCUGGAGCUUCUUCACACGUCUUGUCUUCGCAAUUUGUUGCAGCACAUGAGUCAUGGAUCGUAUACACCACAUCACAGAUGGCCAUGUUUUCGACAGCAGAUGGGUCUAAAGUUAAGCUGUCUAAAGUCAUUGGCAUUGAACUUCCUUUCAUCGUUGAUCAGGCAAAAGGUUCAUCAGGUGUGCAGUGGAUUUUGGUUGAAGCUUUCGUAGGGAAGGUUGAGCACAACAUUUUGAGUCUAGGAACGCUGUGUGAACGGGGUUGGAGUUUCAGCAUGACACCAAAGCAUGCCUUCCUUCGUCAGAGUGGAUGUUCACUGUCGAUUGAGUGGUAUGCCACAUGUCCAUGGGUCCGGAUGGACUUGAGUGCCACUAGGACACGCCGUUCGUCGUAUGCCCAUCGCGUUUCCAUCGACCCGCACGCCCAGGUGAAGCAGUUCGAGGUCUCCCCAUCAUCCUCGUAUCGUGUUCGGAGCCCUGAAGCCGGAGCCCAGAAGCCAGCGUUGAAGUCGUGCUUGAAGCGGAAACCAUGUUUGAACCACUGUGUAUUGUUGAAGGAGUUUUUGCACUGUCCUUUGAAGCCAGUUACAGAAGACAUUUCAUUUUUGAAAGCUGUUCGAACGAGUCAGGAACUUUCAAAAGCCACAGUUUCGAAAGCAGAGUCGAAUAGUACUUCUUCGUUGGAUCGUGCUUGCAGUAGUAUUGAGGGUUCUUUGAAAGAUGUGCCAACAAGAGUCUUGCGAAACGAACCAAAACCGGAGCCUUGUCACAAUCCUGCAACGGAAGCGUUUGCCAAUUCUGGCAUGUCAGCGGUGGAGGCGCGUGAGGUCGUGCCGAAGUCAUUGCAACCGUUCAAGUUUGAUGCAACCAAGCAUGCGUUGAGAGGACAUCAACCAGCUGAUACUAGGAACUGUGAGAUUUGUCGUAGGGCUAAAGGAGUUAGUCAGAGCAGGCGUCGAGGUGCAGGUGAGAGUCACGUCCUUCAAGCAGACUUUGGGUAUCUAGAGAUGGCAGUUUAUCCAGAGAAAACGAAACAUCCAGAGAAGCAGAAGUUUUUGGUAAUCUAUCAUCCAGAAACCCAGUGCAUGUUUGCGAUCGUUGCUUUUUCGAGUGUUGACAAGACUAGAGCUUGUAUCCGUCGUGCAUUCGAGUUUCUUGGUCUUUUGGGUGAAGGAGACCCAAUUGAGUUGGAUUCGGAUGCAGAGUCAGCAGUGUCGCAUUUAGUGAAGGGAGUUGACAUGAACGGCCGUCACCUCGUGCCGCUCAAGGGCGCACCAGAGAGACACGGCUUUGUCGGGGGAGCUGAGAGAUCGAUCCGGCAGGUCAAGGAGUCUUGUCAGAUCGUGUUGAUCGAGCUUCAAGAGCAUGGAAUGCAGAUGUCUUUUGAAGAGGACGCCAUCCAGUGUUUGUUCAACUUUGUUUCAAUGACCUACAACUUGUUUGCCAAGAACGCCUCACAUCACACGCCAAGAGAGGAACUAGUGCAGAGAGAGUUGCCAGAGAUUGCAUGUGCAUCAUUUGGUAUGACGGUGUUAGCUGAAACGCCAAGUUCGUUUGCACCUAGUUCAUCACGGUUUAGUCCAGCAGCGUAUUGGCAUCCAUCUGUGGGAUCAUUAGGACAUGUAUGCACCAGUCGUCUAGCUGAUGGACAGUUGAAGAAGUGAAGUCAAAGAUGGUUCGUCGAAGCCAGAAGCGUCACCGAAAGCCCCAGAGAGAGUUGUGCCGCCAGAAGUCACUACCUACAAGGGUGGUAAUCCGCCAGCAGCAUGGUACAAAGAACAUGGUAAGACACCAGGAUGUAUCGCAUGUGACAAAGGUGUAAAAGGUAGAGUUCACAGUGUUGCUUGCAAGGCUAGGUAUAAGAAGUGGUUGACUGAACAGCUGCCGUCGUCGGAUCGUCGAGUGUUGCCAAGAGUUGAGGGAAGGCCAGAAGGUGUCAGGUCAGAGCCAUCGGAAGUCAUUCCGUCUCGGCCGCCGGUUGAAAGGGAUGAGAUAGGUAGGAUCAAGAAUGUGCCGGAUCUUCCAAAAGAUCCUUUGGAGUCAGAAACGCCUGCCUUGUUUGUCCCACAGUCUGGAGCAGAUGAAACAAUGGCACCAGGAGAACCCAAUGCCCCCUCUCACAAACGUCGAUUGAGUGAUCCAACCGCUGAAGGUCCGACAGAUGCGAUUGAAGUUGAUCGG